GUCGCUUGAGCACAUGACUGAUGUAAGGGAACAAAGCAAAAUAACUUGAUGAAGGCGAGGAUGAGGCUGAGGAUGAAGAAGAUGCCGAUGGUGCUUUCUCACACGCACGUGCCUGUGCGCAUGCGCGUGAAUUCCCUUCAGCAUCCCCCCUCCCUCACUCCCUCAGCAUUAGCGAUCAAGAUGGCGCUCUGGCAGGCAGGACCACGGACAGCACCAGCAUCUUCUCCUCCUCCUCCUUCUCUUCAUCGAACCCAAAGCACUGAACCUCAUGCUCGUUAGACCCGGAUUCUGAUGUCCCGUUCUCCGGAACCUGAGAUUUCUUCUUCUUCUUCCGCCGCGAUGGACGGACGCACGGACCGCAAGCCGGCCCGGCUCGGUUCGGAAAGGAUGAGGAAGCUGUGAGGAUGAGGAUGAAGAUGAGGAAUACGCUGACGGCGCUGACGUACGCCGCGUUUUGGACCGGCGCCGCCGCCGUCGGGCCAGGUGGCGCCGCCUUGUGGUCGGAGGACUCGUGGGUGUCGGCGGUGUGCGCGUCCACGGCGGCGGUCGCCGGCCUGCUCUUGGUGCUGUUGGCUUGCCUCUGCUGCAAGAGGAAUUCUAGCACGUCUUUCAAGGAGUUCCGCAAUGUUCCCGACGGCGAGGCCUACCACGCGUCCACGCCGGCUUCACGGGCCAGCCCGGACGUGUACGUCCUGCCACUCGCCGAGGUGGCUCCGCCCGUCGCCAGGCAACCGCCGCCGCCAGCGCACCACCAGAAAUGGUCCAACUUGAGUCGCCAGAGUCUGCUGUACCUGAAAGAACUUGGGAACGGCUGGUUCGGCAAGGUUCUUCUCGGGGAGGUGAAUGAGAAUCUGCGGACUAAUCAGGUGGUGGUCAAGGAACUCAAGUCCAGCGCUAGCGUCAAGGAACAAAUGCGCUUUCUGGAAGAAGUGCAACCCUACCGGGUGCUGCAGCAUUCGUCUCUGCUGCAGUGUUUGGCCCAGUGCACCGACGUCACACCCUUCCUGCUGGUCAUGGAGUUUUGUCCGCUGGGUGACGUGAAGGCUUACCUGAGAAACAGCAAAUGUGGAGACAACAUGGGCGUCCCUGAGCCGCUAAUCCUCCAGCGGAUGGCCUGCGACAUUGCCUCGGGACUCAUGCACCUGCACACGCAUAACUUCACUCACAGCGACCUGGCUUUGAGGAACUGCCUGCUGACGGCCGACAUCACAGUAAAGAUCGGCGACUACGGCUUGUCCCACACAAAGUACAAGGACGACUAUCUCGUCACGUCGGACCAAACGUACGUGCCGCUUCGCUGGAUCGCACCUGAGCUAGUGGACGAGGUGCGCGGAAACCUACUGGUGGCCAAGCAAACCCAACAGAGCAACAUCUGGUCUUUGGGAGUGACCGUUUGGGAGUUGCUAGAGCUGGGAAAGCAACCCUACAGCCAUUACUCUGACCGGCAAGUUCUGUGCUACGCUGUGAAGGAGCAGCAGCUGCGACUGGGCAAGCCCACGCUCCAAGUCCCUCUGGCUGAACGCUGGUAUGAAGUCAUGCAGUUCUGCUGGCUCCCGCCUGAUCAGAGGCCUAACGCCGAAGAAGUGCACUUGCUGUUGAGCUACCUGUGCGCCAAAGGCGCCAGCGAAGCUGAGGAGGACUUUGAGAGGCGCUGGAACUCCAUGCGCCCAAGUGCCGGACACAAUGUCCAUCGCUGUCCAAAAGCGACAACUCAAGAGCGGCCGUCGUCCACCGCCUCAUCUUUUCCUCUCCUGCAGCAGUUCUCGCCCACCGAAGGCUACCACUCAGAACCCGGGGACGAUGUUCUCACCAUCACUGAAACCAGCCACGGCCUAAACUUUGAGUACAGAUGGGAGCAGGCCAGGGCACAAGAGUCAUACAGAGGCCCGGAUUCCACAAGCGCCCUAAGUCAGGUCAACAAUCACGAAGCUUUUUAUCCACCAGUAGGCAUUGUGGGAGGCUGCCCCCUGGAGAAUCUGAACCACAGAUUAUCUCCCCCUUACUACCAGCCAAAACAUCUGCACGCUCCAGGUGUUCUUCCUGUCUUCAGUGCCCACAGCCCAUCGGUCAACAGCGAAUUCUACAUACGCAUCGAAGAACCAGUGGACUGUAACAUCGAACCUGACUACACCCUGUGCUCCUACAGUCCGGACUACCAGAGCAGCGGUAGCUUCCUUACUGGGAGCGCCGACUCGGGUGACUGCGCGGUCUGUCCAUCACAAGCAAAGAACUGUGACACCUACUGGUCCGCCGAUAUCCACGACGUUGACAUUUAUGACUCCAACGACUCGAGUCCCGUAAUAUCCCCAACAAUGGAGCCUCUUUUAGGACAGGUUUGUGACAAUAACCCUCUACAACCCUGGGAGUCCAGUCACUAUGUUUCCUACAAAGACCAAGAUGGAGGUUACUAUUAUGAGCACUCCCCACCUGUGGACUUAGACCAUUAUCUUAUGGGAGGCGAACUGGCCAGUGAGCAUCUUCAAGAAAGUUGGGGGUCAAGGAGUCUUCGCCAGGCAUUGGGCGAGCUGGAGAACCCAGUGGGGAUACCCCCCUCCAUUAAUAGCCCAUCUGAACAGGUGUAUAGAGACUCAUACCUUGACUUGGACACAAGUCACUCCUCCGUUAUUGGUAAGACUAUGACCGGGGGCUACUACGACAUGAUGGGUUGCCUGAGGAAGACCAUGCCAAAUCACAGCAGGCAUGGCCAUGUCAGCCUUAACAUGGAGAAAGAGAGGGCCCUCUUCAUGGGGCACGGGGAGAGCAAUUCAGGAGAGGAUGACGAGGAGGACAUAUUCAUUGAGAAGCACACGUGCAACACUUGGCCUUCCAAACAUCGUCACAGAAGUGACAGCCACCAAAGACGAGCCAGUCAAAGUUGCAGACAGGAAACGUACGCAGACUUUCACUACACCAUGCCCAGCACAGAUAUUGAAGACUCCUGGUCAGAGGAGCUCGGCCUGCGAUACCACAGCCUGCCCAAGGGUGUCAGCUACCUGGAACCCCGUCUGACAAAAGACAACGGCAGCCGCCUGAGUCGACUUCCCCACAUGGUGUCCCCGGAUCAAUGUGACGCUUUAGUGUACUUGUGUCACCAGAGCGACGCUCAUAUGGUGCCAACGGUGGAGUGCUGUCGCUCACACUUUGUUGACCCUCUCUCUGGCUUGCUGGUGAAUAACAACUACAGCUACAGCCACAACAAAGUCACGGACAUCCCCGGCAGCGACGAGAUGAUCAACCUCUCUCCUGCGCCGGGAGGCCCGGUCGUGCCCAAACAUGUUUCGAUCAAACCCGACGUUGGCAGGGAAUCCUACGUGGAUCUCAGAGCAGAAGAAGCGAUAAAGCGAGACACUGUCACUGAACAUCCUCUCGCGACCAAACCCAACAUGGAAGAAACGGCCCAAAGUCCUCCUCCGCCUGCAGACAACAUGCACGUGAUGGUGCUUCUCACGGAUGCGCAAACAGAGACAAGUCAAGCGGGAGAUAGCGGCCUGGACCAUGGCGGCUCCAGCGUCAGUCUGACGGACAUCCUCGACUGUAGUGACAACGAAGAUGAGGACAUCACCGACGACAUCACCGAUAUCACGUCGGGGAUUUUUGCCGACGAUUCCGGGGAGCUGAACGCUUCUCCCGCCUUCAAGUCGCUUCAAAAACAGGGCGGGACGCCGGAUUCCAUCGAGUCUAUAGAUCUACCUUCUGUCGCCGGGUCUUGCGAGGGUUCCAGCCCAGCCUCGCGCCCUUCCUGUUCCCCUAAAGCCAUGGAUAGUGGCUAUGACACAGAAAAUAACGAGAGUCCCGAGUUUGUCCCAAAAGAACCUCAUGAAGCCAAAGACCAAGCGGCGCCUCAGCCGUCCGGCCGCACCAGCCCGGAGGAGGACCAUGGAGUCGGAACAUCCUGUGAAGACCUGUCAUUAAAGCCAUGCGAACACACCUUCUCACCUCUGAGCCAGGAUACGCCGUACAGAGACUCUGCCUACUUCUCCGACUACGAGAAUGAACGGCAGAUGAAAAACGAGCAGGAAGAACUACAUAAGGCAGAAGAUGGUUGUGAGACUGAAGAUGAGGAAGUACUGAAAAACACCGAGACGACUCAGGGACUAGAACACGACUGUUUGCAAGAACCAAGUGGAACACAUGAAGACUGCGAAGAUGGUUCAACAGCAGAAGGUGGCCUGUACGAGUGGCCCUCUCAGGAGGAGAACUCGUCGCUUGACGAUUGGGCAGCAGAGGUGGUGGGUGCCAUGGAGGAGGCUCUCGAUGCCCUGAACGGAGAGAAUAAGUCCAGCGGCAUGGCAGAAGAAGAGGCGCCAGUUAAAGAAAAAUCAUCUGGGCUAGAUGUUUUACACAUCUUACCCAAAGAUGAAGUGGCCUUGCAGCACGCAGCCAAUUCCAGAAGGUCAUCUUCCUCUUCUCCGCCGCCUCCAGAAGGUUUUCCUCCGGACGGGGACGAGGCGGACAAAGAGGACGGUGAAUCAGACGACAGCGACGACUCGGAGGAGGAGCCGCAAACAUCUGGCGUCCGGGAGGAGGAAAGCGAUGACGAGUUCCACCCGGUGCCCAUCGUGGUGAGCGACGACAGCCACGCCCACACUUUGCGAGGCCUCCUCAAGGUUCCUGCUGAUCUGAAGCUACACCAGGAACUGGAACGCAAGAAGAGGAACGUGUCCUUUUUUGAUGACGUCACCGUCUAUCUCUUCGAUCAGGAGAGUCCAACCAAGGAGCUGACUGCACACGGAUUCCCGCUGGCGGUAGAAGGUUCAGGCAGCAAAUCUCCCGAGAGGGUCUGCGCGUCUGACGACUCCUCGGACGGAAACCUCUCCGAAGAGAGCGUGGGAUUCGAGUGGGAGGAUGACUUCCCUCUGCUUCCGCUGCCGACGUCCUCGACCGCCCCCGACUCGCCGACCCGCGCCACCUCGAAACCUCAGGAGAUCAAGUCGGCCGGCCGUUUCUCACGCUUCACCGUGUCGCCCUCCAGCGCGUCCCGCUUCUCCAUCACGCACAUCUCCGACUCGGACGUCGACUCUGUUGGAGGAAGCAGCGAGGACGGAGACAAGGACUGAAGGACGGACAAAUCCGGAAUACUUUUUUCCCCACUGGAGGAAACGCCCACUACAUGAAGAACAACAAUCUGUGAGGUUUUAAAAGGUCACAUUACAGAGAUUCACAUGAAGAAAUGAAGCAAGAACAAAACAGACAUUUAUAGAUCAGCGUAACAUGUGCAUGUUUGAAAACAAGGACGCUUCUGCGACAACAACAACAGCUUUGACAUUGGACCUGAUAUUGAUGAUCAUUUUGUUUUACAAUCAAUUUUUGCUUCGAGUCUUUACAAAGAAUAUAGGAAUAUCAUGAGAGGUGUUCCUACUAUUUGAUCAAUACUUAUGAAAGAUACAAUCCCAGGAACACCUCCCAAUGUAUGGUACAUGAAAGGUUAUGACUGCAGUAUUAUUAUAAAGUUGGAAGAGUGGGGAUGCUUUGCAAGGCAAAGCACUCCAAAUAUAAUAUUCAUGUUUUUUCCGUCCACUUUUUCAACGGGCCGUAAUGUCCCAAAAAUGCAUGCAACACAGGUUCUCAUUCAAUAUUGGUUGCGCCAAAAACAGCUUUUGCUUUUGACAAAAAAAUCCCCAUUCAUUUCCAAAUACAAAAUCAUAAAGUUUCAAAUUUUCAAAAUGCUACCUGUCUGACAUCACUCCUAUUGAUUUCAAAAGGUACAGGAAGUGACCCUGGAAUGCCCCAAAUUCAACAGGAAGUGACCCGUAAAAACCCCAAAAGCAACAAGAAAUGACCCAUAAACAGGAAGUGACCUAAAAUCAACAGAAAGUGACCCGUGACUAACCCAAAACCAGCAGGUAUUGACCCAAAAAUCAACAGGAAGUGACCCGGAAAUACCCCAAAAGCAGCAGGAAGUGACCAAUAAACAGGAAGUGACCCACAAGUCCCUCAAAAUCAACAAGGAAGUGACCCAAGAUGUACAGUGGUAUGAAAAAGUAUCUGAACCUUUAGGAAUUUAUCACAUUUCAACAUAAAAUCGCCAUCAGAUGUUAUCUGAGCUUUGUCAAAAUCACACAGAUGAAAAAACAUGGACUGUUUUAACUAAAACCACCCAAAAAUUUCAAGGUGUUCAUAUUUUAAUGAGGAUAUCAUGCAAACAAUGACCGAAUGGGGAAAAAUAAGUACAGUAGGUAAACCCUCUGCCUAAGGAGACAAAGAUUUGAAGGCAGGUGUGUGCCCAAUCACUGAUGAGUGGUUUAAAGCUACCCUGCCCGCUAUAAAACACACACCUGGUAAGAAAUAGUGUUGUAUCGGUCGCGAACGAUUCGUUCUUUUUGAACGAAUUGUUUUGGUGAACGAGACCGAACUAAUCAUCAUCUGCACUGAUUCGUUCUAUGAAGGUGGUGCUUGUUCGCUGCGUGGGAGGGCGUUGAGCAAGCGGCAGCGUCUUCUGACAUCGCACACGACCAAUCAGACGCCAGCCUCGUCGCGGGCAGGGGAGGGACCGGAAACAGAAUCAGGGCGUUUGUCACUCACGUCCACGUGUGGCCAAUAAGCAGCCAGCGUGCAGGCAGGGGGGCAAGACUGAGUUUUGUCACUUCCCGUUCAGUGACUCGGUCCUCCGGUUCCUGACCUAGCUUGCUGCUAACUUGAUUUUCCAGUAAUGACUAUGCGGUGAAUGAAUCAGAAAAUGAAAGGAAAUGACUUUGUCAUAUAUUUGUUAACGUGGAGCCUAUCAAAUGCUGCUCAAACAGACAAAAACACCACACAAAUCUAGCGAGCAUUGUUUAGAGUAGUACUUUUCUCAACAAACUCGUGACUGCCUAUGACGACAUACUAUCAAAUUUACAGUAAUUUAAAACACGGGUAGCUACGAGGCAAGCAAAAGCUGAGCUGCGGUCGC